AAAAAGUAACAAAACGACGGAUCUUGGUGCUGCUCAUGGUGCUUCCGAGUCGCACACCCUUCGUCGCUCGCGUCCCGACAACCCUUCCGUAACAUCGCAGCCGGUUCGUCGACGCGAUCGAUGGCGAUGACGAUGGCUCUGUCUCCACCCGAUCAGGUCCGAAUCUGAAAGAGUCGAGAAAUUUUGCUUUUAUCUUCCUGUUGUUGCGUCCGAUUUGCUUGGUUUGCCGCUAUCGAUUCGGCAACGCUGUGCCGCGAUCGAUCGAUAGAUCGAGCGGCCCGUUUGGAUUGCGAUCGGUGAUUGGCAGUGCCUAGGGUUUCUGGCGAUUCGCUGACGCGUGCUAGCGCGCCUCGCCUGGUGCUCUCUCAGUGGAUUCGGUUGAACGAGGUUGAGACUUUUGAGCCACGCGGGGUUUGUUCGCUUGAUCUUGAUUAGGGAGUGGGGCGAGUGAGGUUUUUGAGCGGGGAUCGGAGAUAGUGUAUUUUUACUCUUGGAGGUGAGACGAAGAUGCAAUCGAAAAAUCCUCGGGACUGUGAGAUAUUAUCUCCGCUGGGGAAAUCCAUAAAAGUAAAGCCUGCUGUGGGUGCUGAACUGCACGCUGUUUCGCAACAUGGUGGUCUGGAUGGAUCGCACGGAGGCGAUGAUCGGAGGAGUUUGAACUCUACGGGAUUGGAUGAGCCUUCAGGGGAUGGGGGAAGAAGUUCGCCAGAAAGAAGGGGUUCUUAUUUGCCCUCACAUGGUGCUAGAGAUGGUCGGGUCAAUUCGAGAUUGGCGACGUCGGGACAUAUCAAGAAAAGGUCUUCCAAUGAUGUGGUUAAACAAAGGGAACUUGAAUUGGGUGAGUUCAUUGGGGAUUCUGAUGCUGACACAGAUGAUAGUAGACUGAUGCAUGGACAAUCUAAUGAUUAUGCGUCUCGUAGAUUCAUAGAGGGAAGAGAGUGUAGUCAGAGUAAGAUCCUACCCGCUGCUCGGGAAUAUGCGAUGGUGGAUAGAAAACCAGUAGCAACGAAAGAUGGUGUUGUAGGGGAGCCUUAUUGUGAACUUUGUGCGAUGGAGGCAGCAUUACAGGACACUAAUAUGCGCCGGUAUGAAAGUGAAAGAUAUGGCUGCCAAGAUCGCAUUCACUUUAAUAAGUUGCGACAUCUUAAACCUCACCAGCAAAGUGAUGCAAGAUUUCAUUCAAGAGCUGUUGCUCGCGCAGCUGUGCCUGUGGCUUAUUCUAAACAAUCAAGUUAUCACAAUGAUUAUGGGAGGUCGUCAGGCAGUCAUUCACGGAGAGAACUUGUGUACUCUCAUGGGUUUAGAGAACCCUUGAAAUUUAUUAAUAAAAAUUCAGAGAGGCAGAAAUAUGCAGAAACUUCAUAUGCAGGUGCCGAUUACCAGAGAAUGGUUACUGAUUCUGGAAGAGAUUCUGAUAUGGGACUGAGGAAUAUGCACAUCCACAGGCAGCAUGCUUAUGACACCCCCGGGGAUGAGCAGGACUAUUUUGAUGUCAAGCCACAAAGACUUGCUCAUGAGAUUGAUAAUUUGCAUGAGACGAUACCUAUUCAUGACCAAGUGAAUGAUCAAGCACAGUACAACCAUGGUGAAAUAAAUAAUCAUGCUAGAAAUAUGACAGGACCAAGUAUUGUUCGGGUUUCUGUAGACAAUGAUGAAGAAAAUGCCGAGGAUUAUAGGAACUUUGAGAGGAGAAGUGCAUGGAAUCAUGCUACCAUGGAGGAUUUAACUGUUCCGAAGAGUUUUAAAGCAUCAAAUGUUUCACAUCAAGGUUGGACACGCGCUGAUUAUGGAUCUACCCCCGCCAUUCAUAAGAGCAGAUCAUCGCAAGAGUCUGCCUUUUUACGUAUUGGCGUAAAGCAAGCUAAUCAGAUCUCAAAAGUUAGACCAGGAUAUGAUAUUAGAAGAGAUGAUGACUCAUUGAUCCCAAAAGAGAACUAUUUUGAUGCCCCCAUGUCCAAUUAUGAUGGAGGCACGCACAGAACUGCUACAAGAGUAAAGAGACUGAAAGUGGAAGAAGGCUGCAGUUACGAGUCUUAUAAUAGGAUACCAAAAAGAAAAAUGUAUGAUAUAGAGGAAGAUUUUGGUGGCUAUGCUCAUAGAGAUUCAAUGCCUGCAAACAGAAACAUAUGUGAGUUUGAGGAUCUAGAUAACAGCGAUGAGUUGGUUGAGGAAGAUUAUAGGACUGAGUUAUACUCAUCUAGUGGUGUAGCAUAUGAUUCUGACGAAGAGAGAUUGAGUGAAAUGGCAUAUUAUAGACAAAAGCAUCAUCAAGAUGAUGUUUCAGAUGAUUGUUGGUCGUACCAAAAUAGUUCGGAGCAUCAACAAGUGCAUCCAGGGAGAUUAUCUGAACAUGGACAUAGAUACUCGAAGAGUUAUCUUAAAUCUCAGCCUUUGAAACAGCACAAGUCACAACACAGUUACAAGAAGCGAUUUUUCAAAAACCAGAAAAUAAGGAAGAGAUAUGAUGAAUCCAAUGGGGGUCAGCAUUCAAAUGAUGGUGAUGGAUUUGAAGAAACAGAAAGUGCUGUAGUAUCCGAAUUUCCAGAGGAGUCGGAGGAAUUUGAGAAAUCAGUGCAUGAUGCCUUCUUAAGUUAUUCAAAAAAGCUUAACACUAACUCAAGGGUUCAAGGACGAUACCUGGCUCAAGGAAAAGCUGGAAGUUUAUUCUGUGUAGUAUGUGGCAGGAGCUCCUCCAAGGAGUUCCAAGGUACUCAGAACUUGGCAAAGCAUGCCCUCAUGUCUCGGAAAGUUGGGCUGAGAGCUCAGCAUCUUGGACUUCACAGGGCAAUCUGCGUUUUGCUUGGGUGGAGUCUUGUGACUGCAGACCCGAUAAAUUGGGUUCCUGAAGUGUUGCCUGAUGACAUAGCAUUGACUCAGAAGGAGGACUUGAUUUUGUGGCCUCCCCUUGUAGUCAUACACAACAUUUCUAUGGCAGUGGAUGAUCCUAAAGACCAGAGAGUAAUCCCAAGGGAAAGGGUCGAAACAUUUCUGAGAGGUAAAGGUUUUGCAGAGGGUAAAAUGGUGGUUUGUCUCGGAAAGCCUGCAGACCAAAGUGUCAUUGUGGUGAAGUUCCUAAACACAUUCUCCGGACUUGGAAAUGCCGGGAAACUGCACGAGUAUUUUGCUGAGAACAAACGCGGGAGGGUUGAAUUUCAGAAGAGAACUACGGAUCAUGGCAAAGGCAAUGUCAGUGAAGUGCCAGGAUUGCAGGGAGAUGACCUAGAGGAGACACUUCUCUAUGGAUAUAUGGGGAUUGCUGAAGACUUGGACAAAAUCGAUUAUUAUGCUAAGAAGACCAGUUGGGUAAAGAGCAAGAAAGAGAUCUACGAUCUUGCAAAUGCGCCCGUCAAAUCCAAGGAGAAUUAAUCGUGACCGACCUAGCCCUCCAUGAUCGACGAACUUACGCGGCUUCAUUGAGUUGUACUGGAAUUAGAGUGCAUUUUAAAGGCUGGAUGAGGACCUUUUUCUAUUGCGAGAUAUGUGUAUGACGUUGAACUUUUAUUUUCUGAAACCAAAUAUCUUUAAUGCUUCUAAAGAUAAUGUACAGGUGCAAUGACCUCUUCUAGCUU